AUGAUGAACUCCCCCAAGAUCGAUUUCCAGGACAGGACAGAGUUCGGCCCUCACAGCAACAAUCUGUUCCUCGGGCAGCAGGAAACUUGGGGGGUUCGGCUGGAAUCGGCGAUGAUUGAGGCGGCGGCGGCGGGUGGGAGCCAGAGUCAUGAUGAUGAUCGAAGUAACAAGGCGUCGAGCAGCAUGGUGAGCAGGUUCGAGUCGCCGGCGUCGGCUUUCUACGCGACGGAGAGGUACAUGAUGGGGCUGCCGGAUUAUCAGGAUUGCAAUCGCUACUCGAAAUCGUAUCAGGAUUCCGACGUCAUCAUCGGCCGCCAGAGCUUUUCCUCCCCUUCUUCCAGUAUCACUUCAGGGGAGCAGCGGCAGGAGCUCAAGCUGCUGCACCGCGCCUCCUCGUUUCAGGAUAUGGCCAAAUCGCAAUUCUUCACCAGUAAUCAGCUGCAGCAGCAGCAGCAGCAGCAGCAGCUUAUUGACUACAAGCCUGGAUUUCAGAGAAGUUUGUCUUACAAGCAGCUUCAGAUGGGGGCUCAGCAGCAGCAGCAGCAUCAGCUGGUUCCUUUCCAGGGAAAUCAGGAUCACAAUCUGCAGGUUGGUGUGCCAUAUUCACAGAUGGGAUUUGGUGGAGGGAGGCAUGAGAAGCUGUCCCCAGGAUCAUCAUCGUCGUAUGGUUCAGCUGGAGGUGGUUCUGGUGCAGCGGGUUUAUCGAAUAAGACCCGGAUCCGAUGGACUCAAGCUCUCCAUGAGAAGUUUGUUGAGUGUGUCAAUCGCCUUGGAGGUGCAGAAAAAGCAACUCCCAAGGCCAUUCUGAAGCUGAUGGAUUCAGAAGGACUCACCAUCUUCCAUGUCAAAAGUCAUCUGCAGAAGUACAGGAUUGCCAAGUACAUGCCAGAAUCUUCUGAAGGAAAGGCUGAAACAAGAAGUUGCAUUAAUGAUGUAUCACAGCUUGACAUGAAAGCUGGAUUUCAAAUCCGGGAGGCACUUCAACUACAACUAGAUGUUCAGAGGCGUCUUCAUGAACAACUGGAGAUUCAAAGAAAUUUGCAGUUGAGGAUUGAAGAGCAAGGAAAGCAGCUGAAGAUGAUGUUUGAUCAACAACAGAAAAGGAAUAACACUAAUAACAGCAACCACAGUUUGGACAGUUUCAAUGUGACCACAUUAUCCCAUCCCCAAGAAGAUGAUCAUCAGGAGACAAUUUACAGUACUCUACAAGAUGCUGAAGUCUCCAUUGCUCCACAACAAGGGUCUGAAAAUGGCAACUUCCCAUCAAAAAUAAGUUAG